AGAAGAACAGGUGUAGUAUUCCCAAAAAAGAAAAGAGGACCGUACGAUAAGUUGAAAUAUAAACAAUUGUAGCGUAGAUAUCGUGAAAAUUUAGAACAAAAUGGAUCCAGCUUUGCUUAGAGAGCGGGAACUGUUCAAGAAACGUGCCCUAAGCACGCCAGCAGUUGAGAAAAAGAAAAAGGAACAAGAGACCUCGAGAGAUGAUUCGUUUAAGAAGAAACCUAAACCAUCAUCCAUAUCUUCGGGACCAAAAUUGGACAUGGUCAAUUACAAGACCAUGGCUGGCAGUACACAAUACAAAUUUGGUGUAUUAGCUAAGAUAGUGAAGCACAUGAAAGCGAGGCAUCAGGAAGGAGAUGAUCAUCCCUUAACUCUGGAUGAAAUUUUAGAUGAAACGAAUCAAUUAGAUGUCGGAUCAAAAGUCAAACAAUGGCUUCAAACGGAAUCUUUGAUAAAGAAUCCCAAGAUUGAGGUAACAGCUGAUGGCAGAUUUGUCUUUAAAGCUAUGUAUAAAAUAAAGGAUAAGAAAUCACUGCUGAGACUUCUCAAACAGCACGAUUUGAAAGGUCUUGGGGGCAUUUUGUUGGAAGAUAUACAGGAAAGUUUACCACACUGUGAGAAACACUUAAAAAGUUUACAAAAUGAAAUAUUAUUUAUUACACGACCACUCGAUAAGAAGAAAAUAGUUUUCUAUAACGACAAGACGGCGCAAUUUCCUAUUGAUGAGGAAUUCCAAAAGUUAUGGAGAGCUGUUGCGGUAGAUGCCAUGGAUGAUCAGAAAAUAGAUGAGUAUCUUGAGAAACAAGGUAUCAGAUCUAUGCAAGAUCACGGGCUGAAGAAGCCAGCGCCGCUCAAACGAAAGAAACCCGUUAAUAGGCGGAAACAGUUUAAGAAACCGAGAGACAAUGAACAUUUGGCAGAUGUCUUAGAGACGUACGAUAAUUAAAACGUUAGAAUAAUA